AUGGGCCCAGGACUGGGCUUGGUGGCAUCAUGUUUCUGUUGCCUGAUGUGUCUCGUCCCUGCUCUCAGGCCCGCGGGGUCAUCAGAGAAGACCUUGAUCCGUGACCUUCUCCACCGCUACCAGCAGGAGGGCACGUCAGGACGGCCGGUCGUCCACCCACGGGACACGAUCAUGGUCAACUUCAGCCUCUCCCUCAUCCAGAUCUUGGACGUCGAUGAGAAGAACCAGGUGCUCAAGACCAAUAUUUGGUAUCACUAUAGAUGGCGAGACAUCCUGCUACAGUGGAACCCCAAGCUGCAUGAUAACAUCACCAGCAUACGUGUGCCUUCAGAACAAAUUUGGCUCCCUGAUAUUGUACUUUAUAACUUCGCCGACAACCGCCUAUCAGAGCAGCGUGAAGCCCUUGUUGUGGCUGACCACACGGGCCACCUACUGUGGAUGCCUCAGGCCAUACUCAACAGUUCCUGCGACUUCGACACCCUCUUCUUCCCCUUUGAUGAGCAGACGUGUCACCUCAAGUUUGGCUCCUGGAGUUACAACGGCGACAUGCUCAACAUUGACUUUAUAGUUCGCCAGAUGGAUCUCAGCGACUACAUGAAAUCCAACGAGUGGGACGUGGUAGAGAACAGCGCCGUUAAACACGUCAAGUUCUACACCUGUUGCCCCGAGCCAUACCCGGAUAUGACGUUCACACUACGCCUGAAGAGAAGAGUUGCUUUCUAUACCUUCAUCCUCCUGUUGCCCUGCGCCCUUCUCUCCCUCCUGACCAUGGUCAUCUUCUGGGUCCCUCCUGAGUCGCCAGCCAAGCUACAGUUGGGUAUGAACAUAUUCCUCGCCUUCUUCAUCCUCCUCAAGUUGUUGGCGGCCUUCACACCUAGAGCAGCCACCUCGCUGCCUCUUAUAGGUGUGUACUUCUGCCUGAGUAUGAUCAUGAUCACCCUGUCGACUGUCCUGGCCUGUCUGUCUGCCAACAUGUACCUCAGGGGCGUCAGGAUCAACAGGGCGCCACGGUGGCUGCGCUCUUGUAUCAUCGAUACUGCUGCCAAAAUCCUGCGCGUGAACGAGGUGACGGAAGAGCGACGUCAUCACCCGGUCACGCCCAGAAAAACCUGGUCCACCUACGUCACGGGCGAGAAGAGCCAAUCGGAUCCCGAGACGUUGGUAGCUAAGACACACCUCCUGGAGUGUCAGUCCAGCUUCCGGUUGGAGAGAAAAUAUUAUGGCGCCUUCAAUGAUGUGACAGCUGACUUCUGCGAGCCUUCAACAUCCACAGCCUUCCCGCCAUGCCCAGACAAUAUGGCCGGCCUGUAUGCCGAGAAUUCCACGCUACUAGAAGACGUGUGUGAGGUACGUGAGAUGAUGGACGACGAGGUAACGAGCGACGAGGGCAGAGAGACAUACCGGAAGUACGUUCGUGAGUGGCAGCUCAUCUCAUGCGUGACGGACAGGAUUUUCUUCACCUUCUACAUCCUGGUCAACGUCAUCGGCCUCGUCUUUCUCAUACUGAAAAACUAUCUGACGUGA